AUGUUUAUUCAGGAGGAUAUCGACUUACUACUUCCCUAUAGAUUCACUCCCGAUCAGAAGUCUUUCCUGCAGAGUGAUUUCUCUUCGGAGGAAAUCAAAGCAGCUUUCUUUGCUCUUCCUAGAAAUAAAACCUCAGGGCCGGAUGGUUACUCUGCCGAAUUCUUCACGGGAACUUGGGCUAUUGUGGGACCGGAGGUAGUAGACGCGGUGAAAGAGUUCUUCACAUCUGGUAGACUGUUGAAGCAAUGGAACUCGACCACUCUUGUGCUGAUCCCAAAGAUUCCAAACGCCUCCUCAACAGCAGAUUUUAGGCCGAUAUCCUGCCUUAAUACUCUGUAUAAGGUAAUUUCAAAGCUCCUAGCUUCUAGACUGCAGCAAAUCCUCCUACAGGUCAUCUCUCCUUCCCAAUCAGCGUUCAUGCCAGGGAGGCUUCUGUCAGAAAAUGUGCUUUUGGCGACUGAGAUAGUUCAUGGAUACAAUUGGAGGAACAUUGAACCGAGAGGAAUGUUGAAAGUUGAUCUCAGGAAAGCUUUCGACUCAGUUAGAUGGGACUUUGUUCUUGCCACUCUGAAGGCAAUUGGAAUUCCGAACAGUUUCGUGAAUUGGAUAAAUCAGUGCCUCUCGUCAGCAACGUUCAUUGUAUCUGUAAAUGGUAAUUCCGGAGGGUUUUUCGAGAGCAAAAAAGGUUUGAGACAAGGUGACCCUUUAUCACCUUACCUCUUCGUGCUAGCGAUGGAAGUCUUCUCGAAGCUCCUACAAUCAAGGUUUGACGCUGGAUAUAUCCAUUAUCAUCCAAAAACAGAGGAGCUUAACAUUUCCCAUCUUAUGUUUGCGGAUGACGUAAUGGUUUUCUUUGACAGAGGCACUUCUUCUCUGCAUGGUAUCUCGGAAGCCUUAGAUGAUUUCGCGAGUUGGUCGGGGCUACAGAUGAAUAAAGACAAGACUCAGCUCUUUCAUGCUGGCGUGACCCACAGUGAAUCCAUAGCCUUCGCAGACUUCGGUUUCACGGUUGGUUCACUCCCAAUUCGUUAUCUUGGUUUGCCACUGAUGCAUAGGAAGCUGAGAAUAGUGGAGUAUGAGCCCUUGAUGGAUAAGCUGAGGAAAAGAUUCAACUCUUGGGCUGCAAAAACGCUUUCCUUCGCAGGUCGAACCCAGUAA